AUGACGACGACGAUGACGACGCCGCCGCCGCGAGAGGCGCCUGCACAGGCACGAGCGCUGUUUGAUCGCUUCACAAUGGGCAUGGUGCAAACGUUGGAAGAGUGCGAGCAUGUCGUGGACAUUCGGAGCAAGCCCGCAGUGCCGUGCACCAGCUCGCAAAUCGCCACUUGGGAAAGCACGCACACCCACCGGCUCCCCACAGAUGUCAAGGACUUCUACCUCAGCUCCAACGGCCUGCAAAUUGCGUGGACCGUGCUCUUCGGCCAGCAGAUCCUGCCCCUCGGGUGGCUGCACAUCAACGCCCUCGGCGAUCUCAAGCCCGUGUCCGCCACAUCCUCGUCUGCGACUUCCAUGGCUGGCACCAGCAAGGCCAGGGCCUCCAAGCUGCCAGAGGGCGUUGAGGAGUUUCUCAAGUCCACCAGCGUCGCAGAUGAUACCCUCACCAUCAAGCGGAGGAGACACAUGCCGUUCCGAGCGUUUGCCCUUUCGCCUUGCGGCACGCACGCCACCGUGUGCCUCACCUUCACACAUCCAUCGCCGUCCAUCUGGCUCCUGGACCGCAGCAAGACGUGGCACAUGAUCGCACGCACGUUCACCGAGUACUACCGCCUGAUGACCCUGUACCUUGGCCUGCCGGAGUGGCAGUAUGCGCUCACGACACUUGGGCCUUUGCCCGACACCCGCCGCUGGCUGCACGCCUUUGUACCCCCGCACGUCCUGCGCGACAACGCCCACGAAAGUGGUGGCGGCAGUGGUGGCGGUGGUGGUAAUCAGCACGGCAGCACUCGAGAUGGUGCUUCCAAUGGCAGUGCGUGGACUGUUGCGGGCAGCACGGAUCGCAGCGUCAGCCCACAGGGCACAGGCACCGACCACCAUCAUCAACAUCAUCAACAUCAUCAACAACACCACCAACGACAACAAAACGUGGUGGGCAGCAGCACGUGGCCCAACAGGCAUGGUAGCGAUGGUGAUGGCGAUGGUGGCACCACUGUCGCUGAUGGCACGGUCGGUGCACGCUCCCGGCGCACGAGGGCUCAGUCUGCACUGCCAACAUCCGCGCGAUCGCAGCUGCGUGGCGAAAGCAGCGGCCGAUACGACGCUGCCGGCAAUGGGGCGGUGGCAUCAAGGCAUCGCCUAAAGAGCGCUGCACCUGGGCGCUCCCGGCGAGCGUCACGUGAUCACCGCGACGCAGGCGCUGUCUCCACCACCACACACGCAACCAAGUUCACCAGCGGCGGCAGCAGCGGCGGCGGUGCGAAUAUGGGGGCGACCGCAGCAGCGGCAGCACACACGCGACGGGCCAUGUCCAAGCUGGACCUGGAGACGGUGAUGCGCCGCGUGCGCAACACCGUGGUGAGCCCAUCCAAAGGUGAUGGUGGUGGUGGUGGUGAGCAGCAGCACCAGCACCAGCAGCAGCAGCAGCAGCAGGUGCGGUCGAGUCAAGCACGACCGCCUCGGCCAUUGAGCGGCGCGACGACACCCGGCACCACACGCACGACGUCACGCACCAGCGCCACUUCCAAGCAAUAGCAC